AUGUCUACACGACAAAUUGAAGUUCUUCGACUUUAUCGAGAUUUAAUUAGAUAUAGUCAAACGCUAAAAUAUACUGAUGUAUCAUUUUAUUUAGCAAGGAUUAAACAAGAAUUUGCUAAAGGAAAACACUUAGAAAAUGAAGAUGAUAUCAUUCGACAAAUGGCGAAAGGUCGAGAAUUUUUGAAAAAUAAACGUCUUAUCUAG